GCAGCUGGCGUGAGCAGCCGCCUGGCCUGAGGUUGGCCCAGGCAGCACCUCGGGCGAGUCCAGACCCGAAGCUGCUGUCAGGCUGUGGCAAUUCCGGAGCCUCCCGCCUGCAGCCCACGGAACCCCAGAGGCCUCGGUGAGAUAGGUUCCCAGCGCGCUACCUGCCUGGCUCCUUCCGGCGUUUGAAUUGCUCUGGGCCGGCAGUGAACGUGAGAAAAUAAUUUCCUUCCCCUACCGUCGCCGCUGCUCUCCCUAGUGACAGGCUUGUUUUGCCUGAGAAGUGAAUCGCCGGCUUCCCCCAGUGGCAGAAUCAGGACUGGAAUCCAGGUCUCUGGUUGUCUGUACCUCGUUUCUCAAGACAGCAGCCUCCUCCGCUAUAGGAGAACUGAUACUUUCCCUUUCCAAAGCAGUUUUCUCUAGAAAUCUGGACAUUGUUUCCUUGCAAGGAGGAGGACGAAUUGGGUGGGAAGACUCGAAGUGCAGAAAAGUUGUCACAUAUGCACGCAGGGAGUUUAGAGCAGAUGCCAGCCUCCCUGGCUGUGUGGACUGGGGCAAGUUGCUCCCACUCUGCCCUCAGUUUCCUGAUCCAUAAAAUGGGGGCUGACAGUGUCAACCGUGCUCAGUAAUGCACGUAGUGCCUGGCACUUCAUGAGGCUCAAGGAGUUGCUGCUGCUGCUGCUGACUGAAUCCUAGGACGUUUUUCACUGAGCCAGGGAAAGAGCUGGGCCUGGAACAGGAUGACCCAGCCCUUCUGUCUGGUCCUGUCUACCCCUGGCUGCUUCUGACUUCCUUCUCUGAGGGCACUUGGCAUCAUUCUCAGGGAGUGUAAAUGAUUCAGAGCUGCCGAUUCAGAGGGGUGGAAAACAGAAGGGGCUUCCUCCUGGCUCGCUUUGUCUUCCCUCAGAUCUGGCCUCUGGAGACUUCACCCAUCCUCAGGGGACACUGCCCAGAAAGAAGACAUGGCUACUGAACAGAGGGAAGCAAGGUCUCAGGUGUCAGUGACGUUCGAAGAUGUGGCUGUGCUCUUUACACGGGAUGAGUGGAGAAAGCUGGCUCCUCCUCAGAGAAACUUGUACCAAGAUGUGAUGCUGGAGAAUUAUAGUAAUCUUGUCUCAUUGGGAUGGAAGAACAGUUGUAAAACCACAAAGUCAACUCAAACACAAGGUCACUCAUUUCAGGAACUGAUAAUGAAAAGAUCCAAAAGGAGUGGACCCGGGGACUUCAAAUCAGAAAAACCCUGCAGAUAUGAAGGCAGAUUAGAGAAAAAGCAGGAGAAAAAAGAAAGUUUACAGAUAGUUUCAGUCACUCACAAAAAGAUCCUCACUAUAGAGAGGAAACAUAAAAAUACUCAAUUUGGCCAAAAUUUGAGCCCAAAGUCAGUCUUUUUUAGGCAACAGGUGAUCCCAAGAGAAAAAACCCCAACAAAAUGUGAAAUACAAGAAAAGAGCUUCAAACAAAAUUACAGUUUAUUUAAUCAACAAAAAACCAACACAGCUGGGCAACGUUAUAAAUGUAGUAUGUGUGAGAAAACUUUCAUUAAUACUUCAUCCCUUCGUAAACAUGAGAAAAACCACAGUGGAGAGAAAUUAUUUAAAUGUAAAGACUGUUCAAAAGCCUUUAACCAAAGUUCAGCACUUAUUCAACAUCAAAUAACUCAUACUGGAGAGAAACCCUAUAUAUGUAAAGAAUGUGGGAAAGCCUUCACUCUCAGUACCUCCCUUUAUAAACACUUAAGAACACAUACUGUGGAGAAAUCCUAUAGAUGUAAAGAAUGUGGUAAAUCCUUCAGCAGAAGAUCAGGCCUUUUUAUACAUCAGAAAAUCCAUGCUGGAGAAAACCCCUAUAAAUAUAAUCCAGGUAGGAAGGCAUCUAGUUGUGGUACAUCCCUUCCUGGAUGUCAGAGAAUUCAUUCCAGAAAAAAGUCCUACUUAUGUAAUGAAUGUGGUAAUACCUUUAAGUCUAGUUCAUCCCUUCGUUAUCAUCAGAGAAUUCACACAGGAGAGAAACCUUUUAAAUGUAGUGAGUGUGGGAGAGCCUUCAGUCAGAGUGCAUCUCUUAUUCAACAUGAAAGAAUUCACACUGGAGAAAAGCCUUACAGAUGUAAUGAAUGUGGAAAAGGCUUCACUUCUAUUUCACGACUUAAUAGACACCGAAUAAUUCAUACUGGUGAGAAGUUUUAUAAUUGUAAUGAAUGUGGUAAAGCCUUAAGUUCCCACUCAACACUUAUUAUUCAUGAAAGAAUUCAUACUGGAGAGAAACCAUGUAAAUGUAAAGUGUGUGGGAAAGCCUUCAGACAAAGUUCAGCUCUCAUUCAACAUCAGAGAAUGCACACUGGAGAAAGACCCUAUAAAUGCAAUGAGUGUGGAAAAACAUUCAGAUGUAACUCAUCCCUUAGUAAUCAUCAGAGAAUUCACACAGGAGAGAAACCAUAUCGAUGUGAAGAAUGUGGGAUAUCUUUUGGCCAAAGUUCAGCUCUUAUUCAACAUCGGCGGAUUCAUACAGGAGAGAAACCCUUCAAAUGUAAUACAUGUGGGAAAACUUUUAGACAAAGCUCAUCACGUAUUGCCCAUCAGAGAAUUCAUACUGGAGAGAAACCCUAUGAAUGUAAUACAUGCGGGAAACUUUUCAAUCACAGAUCAUCCCUUACUAAUCAUUAUAAAAUUCAUAUUGAAGAGAACCCCUAGGAAGUAGAUAUGCAUGUGUGAAGUUCUGAAACCAAAGCUCACCAGAAUACAUGAGAGUGAUGUAAUAAAUGUAAUGGAUAUGAAAAGCCUUUCUAUAGUUUAGUCCUCAUCAGAUAAUAAAUCCUAAGGACAAACCUAUGUAAUGCAUAUUGAGGAAGCCUGUCAGACAGUAGUAAUAACCUAAAAUGAAGAAUCCCUAACUGGAGACAUUGACUUUGGGCAUUUGUAAACUAAUUGUUCUCUCUACAGCAGUGUAGACUACAUGUCAUAUGUAAUUGUUACAAGCAUCUGGGUGAUGAGGGGAGGUGUGCACUGGAUUUCCCAUUGAAAUAAAUGUUAAUGCUUUUUUAAAUAACUUGACAUUGUUAUGUAUGCUAUUAUAUGUAAUAGCAUAUAACAGAUGUGGUCAAAUAAAUUAUACAUUUUUAGAAAAAAGGACCAAAUAAAAGAUAAAAAUGAACUGUAAACUACCUCUCAAUUUCUGGGGUUAGUCCUUUUCCUGAGUUGCUGUCAAACUUUGUGCAUGGAUUUCAUUUAAAAAUAGAAAUAAAAGUCUGUUCUCUUCUU